GCGGCACGCACGGAGAAAGAAGCCAUCAACCAAGCUAAAGAGGCCGCCGAGCAACGGCUAGCGGAACUAACCGACCGCUUUGCCACCGAGCGUGCCAAGUUGGAGGACUCAAUGCGGGAGGAGAAGAAGAAGGCGGAGAGCGCGGCCGAGAACAUGCAGGCGCAGCUCAAAACUGCAGAUGCGGCCAAUACAAAAUCCAAGGAGGAGCUGGAGAAGGCGAAGUCACACUUGGAGGAUCUUCAGGACAAGCUACAGAUUCUCCAAGCAGAGCGGGACGAGUUGUCCAAGAAGCUCGAAGGAGCAAUACCCAAGUCAAGUCUGCCAACAGGCUGCAAAGAUGUCGCCGACCUGGUUCGCCAAAGGACGGCUUCGCGAGAGGAGGCAGCUGCCGAGCGUUUGGCCCGAGAGCAGUACCAGCAGGCCUUAGAGAAAGUCGAGAAGGCCAUCCAGCAUCGCUUGCCCAUCCUCGUGAGCCAAAAGCAGGAGAUCGGUCGCUUCAAGAGCCGCGCGGCUCUGUUGACAAAGCAGAACGAGGAUCUUCUGGCGAGAGUGAAAGAGCUGGAGGCCCAAAAGAACGACUCCGAGGCCCGCGCAACGAAGGCUGCGGACUCGAAGAAGCUCGUGGAAGAUUAUGCGCGUGAUGCUGCCCAUCAGCUGGCAGUUCUUCUUCACGAGAACCGUAAGCUGACUGGCUCCCUUCCUGCAUCCGAGGUGACGAUGGAGGCCCGGGAGGAGAACAGAAGAGCCUUCCGCACUGUGCAGGAGCUUGUGGACCAGAAUCUCUCCAUGAAGAACUCCAUCAGUCAGCUCCUCCGUGAGUCACAGGAAGAGAGAAAGGAAAUGCAGCUGGCCAACGAGCGCGAGAAGCAGCUGGACAAAAAGCUGAAAGAUCAAGAGGAGAAGUAUACCGGCCUCUUCGAGGAGCAGAAGGCUCAGAUCCGCAAGAUCGAAGAAGAAAGAGAUCGUGCGCAGAGUGAGGCCAAGGAGACCACGAAGCAGCGAGAGGCAGAGGCUGAAGCGCGAAAGGUUCAGAUCGAAGCAGAGCAGAAAACAUUGAGCGACGAGCGAAGCAAAAACGAGCUGCUGAGCAAGGCGCGCGAGUCUUUAGAAAAGGAGAUGAAAGAGAAGGACCAGCGUGCAGAAGAGGCCGCCAAAAAGGCACAGGAAGAGCUCGACAAAGAAAAGAAGCAGAAGGAACAACAAGCACAAGAAGCCGGCACGCAGCAGUCCGAGCUGAACAAAAAGGUCACUCAGCUCGAGGCUACGCUGCAGGAGGAGCGCGGCAAGGUCCAGAGCCUGACCAAGGCGCGUGACGAUUUGGCCAAAGAAGCCAAGGAGCAGGAAAAACGCGCCAAGCAAAGUGAAGGCCUCAAGGCGUUGCACACCAAGAAAAUCGAUGAGCUGACCGCGAAGUUGGAUGCGGAAAAAAAGCAACUGGAAGAUGAGCGGAGCAAGACCCAAGCCAUGGCUAAGGCGCAAGAGGACUCUGCAAAGGAAGCCAAGGACAAGGGCUCACAACACUCCGAACUCCAGAAGAAGUUCACGCAGCUGGAGGCCACACUCCAGGAGGAGCGCGGCAAGACGCAGGCGAUCACCAAGGUUCGCGACAACAUGGAGCUUCAAGCCAAGGAGCAGGAGAGGAAGCUUCAAGCCAAUGACACAUUGAAGCAGCUGCAGAUGAAGCGCGUCGACAAACUGGAGGAAGAGAAGAAGCUCUUGACCGAGCAAGUGGCGAAGCUCAAGGCUGAACUGGCAACGCGAGCACCGGAGGACCAGAAGGAGCUGACAAAGGUGCAGAGGCAAGCUGACCUGGCGAUACACCUUUCCAUGGAGUACCGCAAG